CCAGCCUGGGUCACUCCACUGGGAAUCCAGGAUGAAGGUUUUGGCUGGGGUCCUGUCCUCUCUACUGCUGAGAUUCCUGCUCACAUCCAUCCCUGGGGCCCUGGGUACCAACCCCGGCCUGGUCGUCAGGAUCACUGACAAGGGCCUCGAGUAUGUGGCCAGGGAGGGGUUGGUGGCCCUGCAGAAAAAACUGCUCAGCAUCACGCUGCCCGACUUCGCCGGGGACUUCAAGAUCAAGCCCAUUGGCCGUGGGCACUAUGACUUCCACAGCCUGAGUGUCCACAGCUGUGAGCUGGGUGGCUCUGCUCUGACGCCGCUCCCCAGCCAGGGCCUGAGCCUCACCAUCUCUGACUCCUUCAUCAGAGUCCAGGGCGAGUGGAAGGCGCGCAAAGCAUUUGUGAAACUACAGGGUUCCUUUGAUGUGCAGGUCAAGGGUAUCACCAUUUCAGUGAACCUUGUCUUGGGCAGGGAGCCCUCUGGGAGGCCCACCGUCGCUGCCUCCAGCUGCAGCAGCCACAUUCAAGAUGUGGAGGUGGACAUAUCAGGAGAUUUGGGGUGGCUGAUGAAUCUCUUCCACAACCAGAUUGAGUCCAAGUUCUGCAGAGUAUUGGAGAGCAAGAUUUGUGAAAUGCUCCAGAAAUCGGUGACCUCUGAUCUCCAGCCUUAUCUCCAAACUCUGCCGGUCACAACACAGAUCGACAGUUUCGCUGGCAUUGAUUACAGUUUAGUGGAAGCCCCUCGGGUAACAGCCCAAAUGCUGGACGUGAUGUUUAAGGGUGAAAUCUUUAACCGUGAUCACUAUUCCCCAGUCACCUUCCUGGCUCCUGUCAUGAGCCUUCCUGAGGAACACAGCCGAAUGGUCUACUUCGCCGUCUCUGAUUAUGUCUUCAACACAGCCAGCUUGGUUUAUCAUGAGACAGGUUACCUGAACUUCACCAUCACAGAUGACAUGGUUCCCCCUGGCUCUAAUAUUCGUCUGACCACCAAGUCCUUCCGCCCCUUAGUCCCCAAGUUAGCCCGACUGUACCCCAACAUGAACUUGGAACUCCAGGGAGCAAUGGCCUCAGCCCCAUUCCUGAACUUCAGCCCCGGGAAUCUGUCUUUGGCACCCCUCAUGGAGAUUGAAGCCUUUGUGCUCCUGCCCAGCUCCAUCAGGGAGCCUGUCUUCCAGCUUAGUGUGGCUACUAAUAUAUCUGCCACGUUGACCUUCAACACCAGCAAGAUCACUGGGUUCCUGAAACCAGGAAAGGUACGAGUGGAACUGAAAGAAUCUAAAGUUGGAGUGUUCAAUGUGGAGUUGUUGGAGGCCCUACUCAACUACGGCAUUCUCCACACCCUCUACCCCAAGGUCAAUGAGAAGUUGGCAGAUGGCUUCCCCCUUCCUCUGCUCAAGGAUACUCAGCUCUAUGACCCUGUUCUGGAGAUCCACAAGGACUUCCUGUUCCUGGGCACCAACCUCCAGUACCUGAGAGCUUGAGGGCAGGGACACAGCCGGGGUUUGGAGGACACAGCCGGAUUGGCAAAUUGCAUUUCCAGAUGUGCAGCGUAGUCCUGGCAAUUCUGGGAAGAUGAAGACUUCUCUGUUCUCAGCUCUCAGGGAGAGCUCCACCUGGCUUCUGCCCCCACACUGCUCCUCUUCAGCAGGUGCACUCACACCAUCUCUGACUCUGGGCUUUACUCCCCCCACCACCACCCUGCUCCCAGGAUGGACCAUCUUCCCCCACUGGCCUGUACUGUCUUUAAGGGCAGGCAUCAUUUUUUUAGUCAUCAUCUGAUCCCUGUGCCUGGCACUUAGUAGAUCCUCAAUAAAUAUUUAUUGAAUGGUUCAAUGAAGGAACCACUUGGUACCUA